CAGCCCAAUCACCAUUUCCUUUAUCCUGUUUACUCCAUGAAAACCCUCUGAUGGAGUUCCGCGGGAGGGCGCCGCCGAGUGAUCAGGAGUCGGACCUGAGAAGAGGACCUUGGACGACGGACGAGGACCUCCUCCUCGUGAACUACAUCAGUGCCCACGGCGAGGGACGCUGGAACUCCCUCGCUCGUUCCGCAGGGCUCCGGCGUACCGGAAAGAGUUGCCGGCUCCGGUGGCUGAACUACCUCCGCCCCGACGUCCGGCGGGGCAACAUCACCCCGGAGGAGCAGCUCCUCAUCCUGGAGCUGCACUUGCGGCUGGGCAACCGGUGGUCCAAGAUCGCGCGCCACUUGCCGGGGAGGACCGACAACGAAAUCAAGAACUACUGGCGGACGCGGGUGCAGAAGCAGGCGAAGCAGAUGCGGUGCGACGUCGACAGCGAGCGAUUCGCGGACAUGGUGCGCUCCGUGUGGAUGCCGCGCCUCGCCGAGAGGAUCCGCGAGCAGAGCAAGCUCCCCUGCAGCGCGGAGACUUCCGGCGCCUCCUUCGAGACGCAGCGACUCUCGUCCCCGCCGAUGCCGCCCCCGGCGGCGGCCCCCGAGAGCUUCGCGAGCGACGUCGACGACGUCUGUGUCCAGUGGAUGCAGCCGGAGCAGAGUGAAUGGCCGGCGGAGAGCAUGUGGACCGUGGAGGACAUAAUUUGGCUACAACAGCAGCUUUGAGAUGGAAGAUUAAUUAGUCAAUUAACUUGGUAAAACAUCAAUUAAGCGAGUAAUUAAGGUGCAGGACGAUCUGAAAUUCUUUGCACAAUAACAUCGAUGAUAUUGUGAAUCCCUUUCGAUUCAUAGAACAGAGUGUGUGUUCUCCCCUCGGGGCGGUGCGAUGGUUAAGACAUGGGGUGUUGUCACAUGAGGUCUUGGGGUCGAAACUCAACGUGACCGAGCAUAACCUCCCCCAUGUCUUGACCAUUUGCACUAAUGGCUAGUAGUCACCCAUGAUUUACCUCCUCCGUGUUAAUUUAGAGAUAGAUUGACAGGGAUAUUAGGGACGAACGAAUUAUCUUUUGUCACAAGAGUGUGUGUUGCUUCUGUUUUAGCAGUGGAAGUACUGAUGAUGAUUAGAAAGCUUGCUUACGUGAAGAACUUAACCAAGGAUAUUGUAUAAUAAUAGAAAA